AUGGUCCAUCCGGUUCGACUUUGCCACGCCGGCAUCGCCUGUUUUACGAUGGCUCGUCGAUUUUGUGCCGUCAUCGGGCUGUCAAAAUGUCGGACAGGGGCCCGAGGCUAUCGUCGGCGGACCGAGAUGUUCCUGGCGCUCGUCGGGCAUCUCAUCGAGAUUUCUAAAGCCAUACGUGUUUUACGCCGCCUCCCUUCCGGCUUCGUUCGAGCCAAGAACCUCGUUUGGGGAUCGAAGAUGGCAGUCGUCACGGCUCUCGUCAUCGGAGCAGGCCAACGUGGAAGGAACUACGCCUGCUAUGCUCUGGACCGCCCGGACGGAUUGAAGGUCGUUGCGGCCUCCGACGUCAGAGAAUCUGCAAGAGAAUACAUGGCGAAGACCUUCCACAUACCGGCUAACAUGAUCUUCUCCGGCUGGGAGGAUGCAGUUGCCGGUGGGAAACUGGCGGAUUGUGCGAUCGUCACCACGCCGGAUUGCGAGCACAAAGGCCCAGCCGUGGCGUGCGCGAAUCUCGGAUACCACAUACUGCUCGAGAAACCGAUGGCGACUUCUCUCGAGGAUUGCAUCGAGAUUCGAGAAGCCUGUCGCAGAAACAAGGUCAUGCUCGCCGUGUGCCACAUCUUGAGGUACGAUCCACCCAUCGCCCUCAUGAAGGAAGUGUUGGAUUCUGGAGAGAUCGGGGAAAUAGUGAACGUGGAACAGACGGAGCCGGUUGGCUUCUAUCACUUCGCCCACUCUUUCGUCAGAGGUAACUGGAGGAAAGAGGAAGAAAGUUCAUUCACUCUCCUCACGAAGUGUUGCCACGAUGUGGAUCUCAUCCUGCACAUCAUGGAAGGGAAGACCUGCACGAAAGUUUCGUCGUUUGGAUCCCUUCAUCAUUUCAACAAUGUGUACGCGUAUGCAUGCGGGCCUGAAAAUUUCGGUUCGGUUGGAGAUGAACUUGGGAAGUCUUCGAAGGGAACCUGGAUCGGGAUAUACCUUGAGCCCUGCAAUGGCACUCCCGUAUGGCCGUGGUCUGUGGUAUGCGACGUGGAGGACUUGCCCGGUAAAGAGUACAAGACGAAACUGCUGGAAAGAAUCCAAGACGGCCCUUACGGUCGGUGCGUGUACGAAUGCGACAACGACGUCUGCGACAACCAGACGGUGAUGUUCGAGUUCGAUGAUGGAUCCACGGCUGCGCUGACCAUGGUCGCCUUCACGGAGCGUAUCUGCGAGCGCCUCAUCCGGAUAAGAGGAAGCAAGGGAGAAGUGACCUACAGCGGGGGAUCCGAGGUCCGCGUCUUCGACUUCCUGUCGCGGAUGACGACCACGUUGAAGCCUUCGCGGCAGGAAUCUUCGGAGUCGUCGCGUCGUCGUUACGGGCACGGGGAAGCCGACUACUUCACCAUCGACUCCUUCGUGAAGGCCGUGCAACGAGGCGAUCCUUCUCUCAUCCUCACGGGCGUGGAUGCUUCUCUGCGCAGUCAUCUGUUGACGUUCAAGGCAGAGGAAUCUCGAGUCCGUGGGUGCACCAUCAAAGACCCAGAACGACUGUGAUCGUCGCCUCAAAAGUAAAUGGCUUCCUCUGGCAAAAUCAAAUGAGGUUCAGGGUACUCGGACCCUAUGAACCUUGGAAGCAAUCCAACGAUGUCGACAACCGAUAAAUAUUUAGUGUCAACCAAGUAUCGCAUCCCAAACACGAGUACAAGGAAAUGCAGGCUCUGUUAAACGCGAAGCAAAGACCCGAUGAGGCAAGCCCGUUUCUCUCAGUUCUUGUAGCAUGCAAUAAGCCAUCACGACUCCAAAUCUUGCAGAUCAUCAAUAACCCUGAUAAUAUUCUUCAUGAUAUCGAUUUUCGGUUAAGGAGUACGCCUCGACUCAAUAUCGAAUGCGUUAUAAAAUUCACUCAAAGGCGUUUUGUGGAUUUUGCACAGAUGAAUGCACUCAAAUGUAUAGUCAUACAUGGCAUUGCCAUGACGUUAUGGUGAGGGUUUCGAAUAUUGCACUCAACGUUUACUCUUCUUACUGCACUUGCCUAUGUGUGUAUAACCCAUGGUUAUCUUGAAGCCUCUAGCCUAAAUUCUGAAACGAGAACUUCGUUACUUUCCUUUGGUUGAAGAGGGUGCACUUGGCGAUAUUUACCCACACGCUUUCAAAUUUACUUCUUCAUCAUAAAUCAUUGUUCACUUCUGAAAUAAAAAAUGAACCUCAAAGCUCACA